CGUAACUUCUGGUAUAGUAUUUCAAUUAAUUCCUAAAAAUAAAUAGGGAAUAACGAAAGUAGUUGGAUCAAAUUAUUUUGGCAACAAAACCAAAAUCCACCAUUUUGACUUUGUUGGGAGAGAAUUUUGAAAUGGCGGCAACGUCAGAAGCUAUGAAUCAAUUCGAUGAAUCGAUGAAGAAACAAAUAGCAGUAAUUUUGAAGGUUGUGCUUCUGAAUAAAUCGCUAAAAGAGGAUAAUAUUCCAUGCGAAAUUGACGAGGGUCUCUUUUUGGGUUCGAUUGGUUCUGCGGGGAACAAGGUUGGUUUGAAGAAUGUUAAUGUUACACAUAUUUUGACUGUGGCUGGGAAAAUUGCACCUGCACAUCCUGGAGAUUUUGUCUAUAAGGUUAUAGAUGUUGCUGACAAAGAGGAUACCAACUUAACACAAUACUUCAACGACUGUUUUGAAUUUAUUGACGAAGCCAAAAAAAACGGUGGAUAUGUUCUGGUUCACUGUUAUGCUGGAAGAUCAAGGAGUGUGACCAUCAUUGUGGCAUAUCUGAUGAAGUAUCGUGGAAUGAGCUUAUCUGAAGCUCUACAACAUGUAAAGAACAAAAGACCAAAAGCAGCUCCUAACCGUGGUUUCAUUCGUCAGCUGGAAGACUUUGAGAAAUCUCUUCAAGGUGAAAACUGCAUUAAUAUUGAAUACCAUUAAGUAUCAAACAUAUAUAUUUUUAAACUGAUACACCUCUAUAGCCAUAGCCAACAAAAUACAUUUACGAUUUACAUUUAACAUGUGAAAAAGCUUGUAAAAAAUCCGGAAGUCACUUUGCUUAAAAGCAUUUACGACGAUGCUUAUUGCUUAAUCUAAGAAAAUUUGACUUGUAAUUAA